AGUCUGAAGUUAAGUGACAGAUUGUGUAUAUCACAAACAUUCAUUUGUACUACAGAACGCUGCACAACGCGCCUCUCCUCUGCCGAAAGAUCCCGAAUCUUGCCUCGCCGAUUCCAAAGGGAGCCGAGGGAGAACCGAUGCUCAGCGCAUAGACGAGAGCCGCUGUUUCCAUUUCACCAUCGCUUUAACAGCCCUAUCAUGUUGGUCAUUUUCCUAGUUUCCAUUAUUUAAACAAUGACUGAGGCUGGAUUCCGAACGACUUGACAUGUCCGUGAAAGAUAUGGUAUCUGGGGAUUUAUCACCGCAAACAAGGAUUUUUUCAAUCGCAUUAAAGAUCAAACAAGGCGGGUACAUGUUUAAAUAUAUAGAGCGCCUACAGGCACAGUGUAGGCUACAUCUUUUCACAUAAGAUCUGUGAACGGAGAGUCCGCAUAUACAUUCAGUCGGAUAUGCAAAAGGAUGUAUUAUCACUGAAAAGAUAAAGAGAACUCUUUGCGCUGGAGACUAGAAUGGUCGAAAAAAGGCGUCUCUGGUUUUGAUGGAGAAUCCAACAAGCAGAGCAAGAUCCGUAGACCCUCAAUAAAAGUGUCUUGUGCUGGAGCCUAAUAAGACCACCGUUAUUUUCAGAAUUUAGAUGUAUUUACCAGUGACAGGAUCCAGUUGAUGACAUUCACCGAGAUAUAAGUAUUUGAAAACAGCCGUAAUUGUCAGCAAUUCGAAUUUACUCAUUUGUUCUAUUCUGCCAGUGUGAUGGGAAUUUAUUGCUGAACAUUGGGAGAGCUUUAUGGAAAACCUGAAGACAUGACAUGCACACGAAAAAAGAGGAAACGAUCCUUUUUGUUCUUUAAAACCUGUGUUUAUUUAAGAAGUCUGCAAAAAGAGACAUUAUUUUUGCAUUAAGAUCUGGCCGAUUCUAUGGAGGUGACAAUACCCUGUAUUAAUUAUUUAAUCUAUUCUUUAUGUUUUCAGUCAUUUAUCAUUGUGGAUUAUAUUUGGAAUUGACGCUCGUUUUGUUGAACCCUCUAUGCCAUUUACUGUUGCUUUACUUGAUUUUGAAUCCUUAUAUAUAUAUAUAAUGUGGACCGCAACAAGCUCCCCAAACGGCCUAGAAUAAAACCGUAAGCCUUUGUCUCGAGGACAAGUAUAAUACAUGAGGAGCUGACGCUGUAAGAACAAGAGGCACCGAGGGGUAGCGCUACAGGAACCGAGGGGCUCAGUGCAAAAUGGGGCAAUGCAGAGUGAAGCACUCUGGUUCCAUGUGAGCUCCAGAGAAGAGGCAACCACGAGGACGAACGAAAGGGCAGCUGGAGGAGGAGGAGGAGGUGGCGGAGGAGGAGGAGAGGGAGAAGGAAGAGGGGUGGAUUUCAGGAGAAAAGAGGGCUUGACACGGGAGCCAAAGGGAUGGCCAAUGGCAACGAGAGUAGCGAGGGGCUUGGCGGUCCCAUGGCUGCAGUGGUGGCCACGACGGGAGGAAUGGCAGUCGGGGGCCCAUCGUCGGUCGUGUCCACAUACGUCAAACUGGUCCUACUGGGUCUGAUCAUCUGCAUCAGCCUGGUGGGCAACCUGGUGGUGUCUCUGCUGGUCCUCAGGGACCGGGCCCUGCACAAGGCCCCCUACUACUUCCUGUUGGACCUGUGCCUGGCCGACACCAUCCGCUCGGCCGUCUGCUUCCCCUUCGUGCUGGUGUCCAUCAAGAACGGCUCGGCCUGGACCUACAGCGUGCUCAGCUGCAAGGUGGUGGCCUUCAUGGCCGUGCUCUUCUGCUUCCAUGCCGCCUUCAUGCUCUUUUGCAUCAGCGUGACACGUUACAUGGCCAUCGCCCACCACCGCUUCUACUCCAAGCGCAUGACCUUCUGGACGUGCGUGGCAGUGGUGUGCAUGGUGUGGACGCUGUCAGUGGCCAUGGCCUUCCCACCCGUCUUCGAUGUGGGCACCUACAAGUUCAUCCGCGAGGAGGACCAGUGCAUCUUCGAGCACCGCUACUUUAAGGCAAACGACACACUGGGCUUUAUGCUGAUGCUGGCCGUGCUGAUCUUGGCCACACACGUGGUCUACAUGAAGCUGCUGCUCUUCGAGUACAAGCACCGCAAGAUGAAGCCUGUCCAGAUGGUGCCAGCCAUCAGCCAAAACUGGACCUUCCAUGGGCCCGGCGCUACCGGCCAGGCAGCAGCCAACUGGAUCGCAGGCUUUGGCCGGGGCCCCAUGCCACCCACCCUGCUGGGCAUCCGGCAGAACUUGCACAACCAGAACCGGCGCCUGCUGGGCAUGGAGGAGUUCAAGGCAGAGAAGCAGCUUGGCAGGAUGUUCUAUGUGAUCACCCUGUUGUUCCUGGUGCUGUGGUCGCCCUACAUAGUGGCCUGCUACUGGCGGGUGUUUGUCAAGGCCUGCACCAUACCGCACCGAUACCUCUCCACCACCGUAUGGAUGAGCUUUGCCCAGGCAGGGGUCAAUCCCAUCGUCUGCUUCUUCCUCAACAAGGACCUGAAGAAGGGGCUCCUGGCCCACCUGCCAGCCUGCUGUAGGACUAAACCUCAUCUGCCCCGAGAGCCUUACUUUGUCAUGUGAGGGGGACGGUGGGCGGUUGUUACCUGGGGAGGGUGUGGAGGGGCGGUGGCAGGGAUGUCUGUGAGUGGUUAGGAUGGCAUGAGGGACCAUUUUAGUUGUUGUGGCCUUUGAUUUUAAAAAAUGUCUUUCCUUUUUUAUAAAUGGCCUUGGUCAGGAAACAAGUUUAAGAGAGGGAUUCCUUCUACACACAGACAGAAUACAAGACUAAACCAACAACUCAAACAGUCUAUCUCAGAUGCAUGUUUGUAUUCUUCAUUUUAAUGUGGAACCUAUGAAACUGGUAGGCAGUCUUUAAACAGGCGAGGCCAAGAGAAUGAUCAUUCUGGGCCUGCUAUUGUGAAAGAGAUUGAAGUGAGGGUGACAGUUUUUCUGUAGGUCUGGGCCUGCUAUUGUGAAAGAGAUUGAAGUGAGGGUGACAGUUUUUCUGUAAGUUGUGGGGACAACCUGGUCAUAUUUCUCAGUCACUCCCUCGUCUGUUCUCUCAGACCAAAAAUAUCAGAUGGUCCUCUGACAAUUUGCUAGUGAAUGACUAAUAGGAGAGUGUUCUAGCACUGCUUCCUUCCUUCAUCCACUUGAAUCAAAGGCAUCAUUAAUACAGUCAAACAGAGAAAUUAUGAGUUUUGUACAAAUAGUAUAUUCAGGCACUCUUGGCUUCAUUUGGGGUUUCUAUUACAUUCUAAUUUGGUCUAACACUUCAGAUGAGUACACUAUUGGAUAUGGGAACAUUUUAAAAGAGCUGCAAUCGACAACAGUUUGAUCUUGUGUUCAUUAGCGCUUAACAGAAAUGAGCAGAUAAUAAUUGUGAAGUGCUAAUAGGCAGACAGAAUUAUGAAAUGCAUGUUAAGCUGAUAUGUGUAAUCACAUGAUUUCUGAGGAUAACUUCAACAGACCAAUGCCCCAAUCAGUGACAAACUGAGAGCUUGAGACCACACAAAAAUCUAUGAUAAAUUGACAGAAAAUGCUCCAUGCUCUUGCCAAAUGUUGCAGAUGACUGAACCUUUGAAUUUUUUUUCUUCAAUCUGAAAUUGUUUAAAAAGACAGUUGAUAGAAAAUGUUCAUAAAACCUCAACCAGAAUGUUUAGACCUUCAGAUAGGAUCAAGUUCAUCACUUCACAUGAAGGUCUUUGUAGAGAGGUGGGGAAAAAUGCAGCCCAUUUAUAUUUUUGCACACAUUGAGGAAUUGAUGAUAAACCCUUUUUUUUUUCUUAACAUGAUUUAGACUUGAACCAGAAUGCUAACUAAGUGUAGGCCGGGACACAGAGAUUGUAAUAUCUUAAGUGAAUGUCAAGCAGAGGUCUGGGACAUGAUACUAUCCCUUCGUGGGUACAAAUGUACAUUUAUUUUCGUUUUCAAAAUGCUCUAAUGUUGUCUGCAAACAAUAACGACAACAAAAACUAACAAUAACAAUGAAGCUACAGAUAACUGAAUUGUUAUUUCUAUUAUCUGCAUUAUGGCCUUACUCUUCGCUCUCUCUCUCAAAAGAAAAAAGGUUUGUUUAUAACCAAUGCAAGAAAGAGUUGACAGCUGUAUGCCUCUAUGUGUUAAAGUAAUAAACAUAAAGAGAUUAUUCCAACUAAUGGGGAAACACAAUACUGUGUAAGUAAUUAUUUUCGGAGGACACAUCUCUCCCCCUCGCAACCUUAAAAAAAACACCAGUCAAAAACUUUAACAAGGAUGGUAAAUAAAGAAAGAACGCUUGCCAAAUUGUAACACAGGAGUAUGCAAUUGUGUGUAAAGGACAGAGGAAACUUUAAUCCAACAUCGACAAUUAAUGGAAUUAUCAAAAGCCCUUCCUGGAUUAUUGUGGAUUUGUUUUAGACUUUUUGUCGUUGUUUCUUUUCUUAUCAGUCAGUGUGUGUGUGUGUGGGGGGGCUGAGGCUGGUGUUGUGUAUUGAUCUGUGAAAACAAGGAUUAAAAAAAAAUGUGUGGAUUUUGGGGUUGGUUGUUGUUGGGGAGGUAAGGAGGGAGACCGGGCGUGAUUUUUUGAUAAGCAGAAAUGCCUGACAGUGCUUUUUUUAGUUGCUUCAGGCACACUAUCUUUUGUAAAUUAUCUAUGACCUCCGUACUAUUUAAUGUGUAUUAUAUGGACAAUGGACUGACUUGGAAUUGAGGGGGGGAGAAGGGGGUUCCUGGUCAUCGCAUUUUUACAACACGUGUGUGUGUGAGUGUUUCUGUACGCAAGUAUGAAUGUGCGUAUGUUUAGAGGCUAGAGGGAUGAAAACAAAGGACAUGUGGGAAAUAGGAAUGGCCAGAAAUUUUGCAUUUUGAAAUGACACUCCUGCAAAUGCUUAUUCAGUCUUUUUCAUCCUCAGCCUGUUCCUGACACAGAGAAUUGAAUGUGCUAAAACCAAUGAGGUUCAUUCAAAAAAUCUGAGGCGAGUGUCUUCUUAAACCAUUCAACUGCAGAGCCUCAAGAGGUAGCCCAUAACAUUUUAUACACAUGCAGUUCCUCUAAAUUGGACUACAGAGCCUUCUAUCUCAAUGGAGAUUCUGUUCUUGUAUACAUGUAUGGGAAUAUGAAGGGUGAAGUCCGUUUGAGCUUGUGUCUUGGGGCGAGUGGUUCUAUCCACAUAGCUUCUAUGAUUAUUGCACUCUUAUUAUGUUCCAAUGUGUCUCAGUGAAAGGAAUAACUUUUAUACAUGAUCCUGGCUUGGGGUUUAAAUUUGAAAUACACUGAGUUAUGUUGGUCAUAGAACUAACAUUCUAAUACAUUUCUAAUUUCUGCCUCUUCUGUAGUGUUUUGACUUUGCAAAAGCCCAAAGCCAGCCAAAACCCAAUUUGACAUCUGAAUGUCUUAUUUAAUAACUCACUGAUUUUGCAGUGUGGCUGUAGUUAUUAUGACCCUGUAUGUGGAGAGACUACAUUAUGGAUGAAAUGAAAUGUAAAGACAGAUAAAGCUGUCUCAGAGACAUGUGCAACCACAGUGUUAUUAUACAUUAAAUCUAUGAAAAGACAAGACUCGUAAGGAUAGUCCUGUAUGUCUCUGAAUAGUGGAACAAAUCCUGAAUCUCAGAACUGAAAUACUUUUGACUUUGCCCUUUAAGCUGAACCACAAAAUGUCAAAGCUCACGAAAAAAAAUCUGCAGUUGAAUAUCAAAUCUAAAAUAGCAGAGGUUUGAAGGAUACUUAUGUAAAUGUCUUUGGUCCCCUACAUAUCUUGGAAGUCAGAGGGUGUGGUUUCCAUAUAUUUUCUGUAUUAUAUAAAAAAUUAAAACUGCCUGAGCUGUUUAAGCACGUCUCUGGCCAUUUAUGA